GUGUAUGUGUGUGUGUGUGAUCAGCAGCAGCUGUGUGUGUUCUCAGUCUCUGUACUGAUGAUGAUAAACUGUUGAGUAACUUUCAGCUCAAAACAAGUUGUAAUAAGUUUAAACAGACGACGCGACGCUGCGGAAUAAAAACAACAUGGAAUAUUUCAUAUUAAUGAAUCCAACAGAUAAAUAAACAUCAGGCCUGAAAGACGCUUUAAACGUCUUAAAGGUGGAUUUCACUCAGUGUUUGUCAGCUGCAUGCUGCAGCAGAUAAGAGGUUUCCAUCAGUUAACGGGUAUAAAUAGCAGCAGAGGUCAGUGUGAGACAGACAGGUGAUGAAGAUGAUGCUGCUGGUGCUUCUGUUGGGUGUCUGGCUGAACUCGUCCUCAGCUGCAAAGCUGGGGGUGGUGCAGACGGAGGGGGGGCAGGUGGAGGGGGAGAGUUACAGGAUGGGUCUGCUCAGGAGGGUCGACGUCUUCAAAGGGAUCCCCUUCGCUGACGUCCCCGGAAAGUGGGAGAAACCAAAACCUCAUCCAGGAUGGAGCGGAAUCCUGAAGGCCACAAAGUAUCGGGAUCGCUGCCUGCAGGUGACGCUGCUGCAGACGAAAACCCAGGGCAGCGAGGACUGUCUCUACCUGAACAUCUUCGUUCCUCAGGGACGCAAACUGUCCACUAACCUCCCGGUGAUGGUGUAUCUGUUCGGCGGCGCCUUCCUGUUGGGGGCGUCCAACGACGUGGCGAUCCUCGGAGACUCGCUCUAUGACGGGAAGGAGAUGGCGGACAGGGGCGGAGUCAUCGUCGUCACGGUGAACUACAGAGUCGGCACGAUGGGUUUCCUCAGCACCGGAGACGACCGACUGCCAGGUAACUACGGUCUGUGGGAUCAGCACGCCGCCAUCUCUUGGGUCCGCAGGAACAUCCAGGCCUUCGGAGGGAAUCCAGACAAUAUCACCAUCUUCGGCCAAUCAGCCGGAGCCGCCAGCGUCAGCUUCCAGAUGCUGUCGCCCCACAGUAAAGGAUUAUUCCGCAGAGCGAUCACGCAGGGCGGGACGGCCCUCAGUCCCUGGGCUCUGCAGAGGAAACCGAUGGCUCUCACCAAGAAGGUUGCGCGGAAGGUCGGCUGUUGGAGAACUAACGAGGACGAGAUGCUGACGUGUCUGAAGAUGUCGGACCCGGUCGGUCUCACCAUGGCUGGAAAGCUCGACAUAAUGCUGAUUCUGGGCAAAGGUGUCAUCAUGGAUCUUCUUGAAUUCUCUCCGGUGAUUGACGGUGAUUUUGUCCCGGACGAGCCCGGUCGGUUGUUCCACAAUGCAGCUCAGUUUGAUUACCUGGCCGGCGUCAACAGCAUGGACGGACACAUUUUCGCCGGUGUCGACGUUCCUUCCAUCAAUAGGAACAAGGCCAACACCACUGUAGCGCAGGUGAAGGGUCUGCUGGCCGGCUUGACUAAAGAGAAGUCGAACUCCCCUGUUAUCACCUCCGCCUACAACGUUUACUCCGCCAACUGGGACUCGAUUCCAGACCCGGCGAUGAUGAAGAAGACGGUGGCCGACAUAGAGACCGACUUCCUGUUCCUGGUCCCGACUCAGGUCGCCCUCCGACUCCACGCCAACAACACCAGUGGAGCCCGUACCUACUCCUACCUGUUCAACAUGAACACUCGUAUCCCAGGAUUCCCUCGCUGGGUGGAGGCGGAGCACGCUGAGGAAUUGCAGUACCUGUUCGGUAAACCCUUCUCUACCCCGGUGGCCUACUUCCCCCGACACCGAGACCUGUCCGGCUACAUGAUCGCAUACUGGACCAAUUUCGCCAGGACCGGUGAUCCCAGUAAAGGCGACAGUAGAGUCCCAGUUUCGUGGCCCCCUUUCACCACAACACAGCAACCCUACCUGACUAUCAACCACAGGAUCAAGAAGUCCUCUGUCAGGUACGACCUGAGAGCGGAGUACGUCACCUACUGGACCUCCACCUACAGCGGCCAGCUGUGAGGAAAGAGAGAAGAAGAAGAAGAGGAUGGAGAGAUGAGAGAAGAAGAAGAAAUCUGAUCCAACAGUUUAAACGGUCUGAUUUAACCUGCUGCUGUUUAUGUUUCUGCCUCUCUGAUAAUCACAAACUCCUGUCUAUGAGUGUUUGAUGGAUUAUUAACAGUAGAAGAAGAAUGAGGAUUACAGGACAGAAAUAAAUAAAUAUAUAUAAUCUGUUUGACUUCAGCAGGUCAGUCAGGAAGCUCUUCUCUUGGGUCAUAAAUAAAGAUGAA